AUUGGCUCUCAAGGACGACGCGCGUAGUCCAGCUUCUGGAGUUACGGUGUAGGUAGUCGAAGAGUGGCCAGUAGGGUGCGGUUCUGACCUUUACAAGAACCGUCAUCUGGUGGAAUUCAGCUUUAUUGCGUCAUAGUACAUCUUCCGUUUGGCAUAAUCUUCGUUGAAGCUAUCUUAACUUAUUUUACAAGACCUGUCUGUGAUGAUUCUGCGAAAUCACAAACUCACAUUUUGGUAUUCAGGCCACUAAAGAUGCGCAAGUUUUUCAGGUCUAGAAUCUUUUUUCAAAACAUGAUCGGAUUUUUCCCAGCAUUGGAUUUUCCUCCCGGAUUUUACCGAUCGGUAAACUGAACUGACACAUCGAGGUAUCAUUUCAAAAGUACAAUCUACAACAUACCAAAAAUAACAAGCUGUAAUGACUUACCCGCACCAAUUUGGAACGAAUACAAAAUUGCGUUUUUGUCUUCCUUCUGGGAAACAAAUGAACGAAUCCUUAGCUAAUGGGAUUAUCAAACCUAUGAUUUGUGGUUUAUGCAGGAAAACGUCUUCAUAUAUCUGUCCUCGAUGUAGUAUUAAUUAUUGUUCACUGACUUGCUAUCGAAAUGAAGCGCAUAAAGACUGCUCUGAAUCAUUUUACCGAGAUUGUUGUAUUGAAUCACUGCGCUGUACCUUUUCUAAGAAGUCAGAAAGAUCACACAUGAAAGAAGUGUUAAGGCGUGAAUCAUGUGCUUUAUCAGAUGACUUCCAGUUAGCAAAUGUGAAAUUUCAGGUAGACAAUGAUUAUACAGAUGAUAAGAAUGAGAGUAUUGAAGAUGAUUUGCAAACUCGUUUGGGUGAUUUAAAUUUGGAAACCGAAGAUGUUAAUGUCAUCUGGUCAUGUUUGACCCUGAAAGAAAAACGAGAUUUCAGUAGACUUAUUCAGUCAAAUGCUAUCGUUCAUUUCAUACCAACAUGGACUCCCUGGUGGUUAGAGCAAAAACCAAUUAUUGAAGAAGUAAAUCAACAGAAUGCUUCAGUGGACAAAUCGCGAACCUUACCUAGUAUUCAAUCGUUAAGUCAACUUUUACCAUCCGGAAUAUCGCCUCACCCUUCAGUUGGGUAUAUUUUAGCAGAUGUAUUGUUGGGAUAUGCUUUUGUUAUGAGAUUUUAUAAUGGAGACUACAUGGACUUAAUCGAUGAUGCAGGAACUCUUCUGUGUAAUAUAGUUUUAUCAUUCACAAAAUCUCAGACUAUUUCAGUCUCAUCACUGAAUACUACUACUUCUACUAAUAAUAAUUCAUCAGAUUAUUUAAAGAAAACAAGAAUAAUUAGAAGACAGAGUGGAAAUAAUCCAACUCAUCAAAUAUAUAACUGUAUAAAUGAAAUUCUUGCCGCAAUUCAAUAUAAACUUAUGGAGCUAAAUUUACCUUGUCAUCCUUCAAUUAUGAUACUAUUGCUUGAAGAUCUUAGUCAUUUAUUAGAUAAUAUUGGAUUUUGUAAUAAAGCACUGAAAGACGUGAAUAAAUUAAUAGUGAAUUUCAGGAAAACUCUACGUGCUGUAAAUUCAAAUGAAAACUUACGAUUAAAAGCAAAUGUUGCUCACCAUAAAAUAGUCUUUCUUCAAGCUUGCCUUGAUGAUAACAAUCAAUUGGCUAAACGUUGGCAAACAAAUGUUUUACCAAAAUUAUGGAAUCAAAUAUCUAAUGAAUUAAUCCAACGAAUUAAUGAUAUUGAAAACUCAAGUACAGAUAGACGUGAUGAAAAAUCUGCUGGUCCAAAUUGGCGCAAUAUUAUUCGAGAUGAAAAUGUUUACAAAAGUUCUUAUUGUCGUACGUUAGUCGAGUCAAUUGAUACUAAUAACUAAAUGCUUCAUAAUUUCUUGAGUACCUGUACAUAAUAUACAUAUUUUAAUAUUUGCUUAUGGCAAUAAAUCUAACAUUUUAUCAGUUUGGUGGAAGUUGGCUACUACUUUGAUAAAGUGGUUGAGGUUGCCUACCGUGACGACAGAGUUGAGGUUUAUUGACAGGAUCACGUGUACCAUAACUUCCUAGCAUACCACAGAUGUAAAAUCCUCAGGUUAGUCUUACUACUGACCAUUUUAAGGUGUAGGGUAUUUCCCAGUGAUGACCACCACCACCAAUAAUCUGUUCUCGUAGAUGAGAGAUUGUGAAUUUUGUUUUCCUGAACAGCACGUUACUAUUGUCUUACGAAAUUACGAUGCUGUUAGAAGUUAACUCGACAGAAUCGAUAGCUUACUGGUUUCGCGUUUGCUAAGUCAUAAAGAAACCUUACGCUUACGUCUAGUCAUAGCGAUUGAUAGUAUCAAUUGGACAGGGAAUAUCUGCUACUCAAUAUACAUUUAUAUAUAUAUACUAAUAGUGUGGUGUGAGCUACUUAUAUU